AUGGAACAUCGGCUCUGGAUGAUUCUUGCUGCUCUGGUCUUUAAGUGUGAUGGAGACGACAGAGUGAUGCAGCCGAGCGGAGGCCUCACUGCUGCUGAAGGAGAGACACUCACACUGGGUUGUACUUUUCAGACCAAUGAUCCAACUCCAACUCUGCUCUGGUACAAACAACAAGUCAACGAUUUCCCAAAGCUUCUCCUGCAACGCUUCUCAACACAAGCAGAUAAUCCAGCAGAAAGACAGAGGGACAGAAGAACAGAUGCUGCUGUCAACCAGACCUCAUUUCCUCUGAAGAUCCAGAAGCUGCAGCUGUCAGACUCUGCUGUGUAUUACUGUGCUCUGCAGCCCACAGCGACAGGAAACUACACAACUCUGUACAAAAACCUGUGGAGCAAA